CGGCUGGACCCAUUAAACCCGUGCCCAGAGGGCCCCCGCACUCCUUUCGAGAACAUGAGCCCUGAAUUCCCAGGGCCUCCAGCUUCCUCCACUGGGCUUCGUCCCUUCACCACCCGGCCGGCAGGUGGCCCGAUCGGGAGCAUCUACCCGCGCUGGUCGCUAAAGUCUGCAAACCAUCGAGAGGUGAAGACCUCCCAUUUUCCUAGAGAGAGCAAGUGGGCGUCAGGACUCCCGGGGGUGGUAGUGGGUGGUGAGAAAGGACAACCCGGAAACGAAAUGGGGGAGGGGAACUUCCGUUCUUUGUUCUGUCCCCGGUGUUUGAGUCCGUGACAGGCUCCAACUGUGCCUGAGUCCGUGUCUGGCCCCCUAAACCUCCCGUCCCUAUCCCCAGGUGCUGCUUCAUUCUCAUUCAGUGCCUGCUUCCUGCUGAGUCUGCAAAUAGGAGACUGGAGCCUAGAACAUCUAGCCCUCCCCAUGGAAACUCAGGCUGACCAUGCAUCUCAGCAACCUCAGGCUCUGCUGGAGAGUGGUCUCCCUUCUUCAAAAGUCCCUUCCUUCCCUGACAAGGACAGCCUGGGGGAUGAGGUGUUGGCUGCUGCACUCCUAAAGGCCAAGUCCCAGGAGUUGGUGACUUUUGAGGAUGUAGCUGUGUACUUUAUUCGAAAAGAGUGGAAGCGUUUGGAGCCUGCGCAGAGGGACCUGUACAGGGAUGUGAUGCUGGAGAAUUACGGAAAUGUGUUCUCUCUGGAUGGUGAAUCUAAAACUGAAAAUGAUCAAGUAAUUUCUGAAGAUACAGGAUCAUGUAAGAAGAUAUUGGGACGAUUCUCAAAGGGUAUUUCUCAGGGUCUUAAGUUAGAAGAAGCCUAUGAACAGGAAGUCAGCCUGAAGAGGCAGUUAGGGAACUCCUCUGGAGAAAGACUGAAUAGGAAAAUAAAAGAUUUUGGCCAAGUGACGGUUGAGAAAUUUGCCCACAUGGGAGAAAGAAAUGAGAAAUAUAAUGAGUUUGGGAACAGCUUCACUAUGAAUUCCAACCUUAUUUCCCAUCAGAGGCUUCCCGUGGGAGACAGACCCCAUAAGUGUGAUGAAUGUAGCAAGAGUUUUAAUCGAACUUCAGACCUUAUUCAACAUCAGAGAAUCCACACUGGGGAAAAACCAUAUGAAUGUAGUGAAUGUGGAAAAGCCUUCAGCCAGAGCUCACAUCUUAUUCAACACCAGAGAAUCCACACUGGUGAGAAACCUUAUGAAUGUAAUGAUUGUGGGAAGACCUUCAGUUGUAGUUCUGCUCUCAUUCUACACCGGAGGAUCCACACUGGCGAGAAACCUUACGAAUGUAACGAAUGUGGAAAAACCUUCAGCUGGAGUUCCACCCUUACUCACCAUCAGAGAAUCCACACUGGCGAGAAACCUUAUGCUUGCAAUGAAUGUGGGAAGGCCUUCAGUAGAAGUUCCACCCUAAUUCAUCAUCAGAGAAUCCACACUGGAGAAAAACCUUAUGAAUGUAACGAGUGUGGGAAAGCCUUCAGCCAGAGCUCACACCUCUAUCAACACCAGAGAAUCCACACUGGAGAGAAGCCAUACGAAUGUAUGGAAUGUGGAGGAAAGUUUACCUACAGUUCAGGCCUUAUUCAGCAUCAAAGAAUCCACACAGGGGAGAAUCCCUAUGAAUGUAGUGAGUGUGGGAAAGCCUUCAGGUAUAGCUCAGCUCUUGUUCGCCAUCAGAGGAUUCACACUGGAGAGAAGCCUUUGAAUGUAAUGGGUGUGAACAAGGGCUCUCUCAGAGUUUCUGCUGAAUUAAACAGAGAAUCUACAUGAGAGUCACACCAUUGUCACUUCCCAAGUCCAAAGAGCUCUUGCCUUAUUUUAUAAGUAGGAACAAUCUAGGAUGUGUCCCACCUCAAACCUUCACUCUAGAGAGUUUGGCAGAUUGGGAAAAUCAUUCUAGCAGUGAUCAGCAAUCUGGUGGAUUUCCCAGGAAUGACACCAAUGUUGAAGAUUGUGAGGCAAGUAGUAGAUGAGGCACUGGGAACAGAAGGAAGCUUGGUGACCAGUCACCCGUUCUGGAAGGGGUUUUGCACUAAACCAUUUUUCUGACACCAGAGGAGCCUUUCUUUCCAAGGUGGGAUGGAAGCAAAGUAGGAACAAGAACUCCAAGAAUUCCACUAGCUGGAGUCAGUAUGGUGAGCACAGAAGGCAGUGCAGUGGAAAGGGUCUUCUGGUCCUCUUAGUGUUGAGAAGGAAAAUAGAGGCUGUAGUUCAGCGCCACUGCCCUCAACCCAGCUUUAGGACUGGACAAAGGACCAGGCAUGGUGGCCCAUGCCCUUAAUCCCAGCACUCUGAAGGUAGAGGCAGCCAAACCUCUGUGAGUUCUGGCCAGCCUGGUCUACAUAGUGAGUUCCAAGCUAGCCAGGGCUACAUAGUGAGACCCUGCCCACAAAGAAAGACUGAACAAGGGCUGUUUUGAUUCAUGAUUUCAUGAAUUAAGGAAACUUGGUGCUGAGGGAUUUAUUUUACUGGUAGGGGGACCCCAACAAGGUUUUCUGUAAUGACUAUCCUUUAGGGCUCUUGGAACAGUGCUACCCUGUUUGCAAGAGCAGUCUGGCGAUACUGGAGGCAGACCCACAUCCUCCCUUGUAACAGGACUGACUGGGAGUCCCCUCACAGCAGUAAAUAACCUGAGGUAGCAAAUCAGAAGCCUCUAGGACUGGCCUCUGAUUCUUGUCCUCUCUUCCUCUUCCCAUUCCUGUGAUGAAAAGUAAUUUAGUCUCAACCUUUAGUUACUAAGGAUACUCUCAGGGAGCUCACCCAGCCAGCUUCUCCUGCUUUAUCACCUUUAACAUCUGCCCCCAGCAGCUGGACCUCUGAUUCCACCUCUGACUUCAGCAUCCGAGGAUUAACACAGACAGCAAAGCCUAGAGGAGGAGGGUUGAGGCUCAAAUCUGGCAGCAGAGCUCCCUGGUGGGUUAGGGUGGUAUUCCCUGAGUGUUCCCAACUCAAGGCUUUCCGUUGUGUUCUCCCAACCCUGCUCAUCCUGUAGUAUAAAUGAAGUGCACUAUUAAACAAAAUCAUUUUUCAGAA